AUGUCCUCAAAACACUCUGCUCAUCAGCACAAAGCUGCUACUGCUACAGUGGAUGCUGAGAUGGGCCCUCCUGCAGUACCUUCUGAGGACGAGGUCAAAAUCAAUGUGUCCAACCUGAAAAAAACUAGAGUGCAAUUCCAACUUCAUUCCCUCACUCCAGAGGAUGAAGACAGUGGUGACUAUCCACAGGAAGCUCUAGAUAUGUCUUGCAGGGUGCUCAAUACCCUCUCUGCACUGACAACGGCUGUUGAGGACAGGUGUAAUUUUACAGGUAUUCCAGAGACAGAGCAGCCUGCAGUGUCACCCUUUGUGCACAAUUAUACUCAAGACUUGAGGGAUUGCUAUGUUCUUGUUGUACAGUCUGAGCCACUGUUCAAAGACUUACCGAAGGAAGGGUCCAUGACCACUCCCAGAAUUUCUCGUCAAGACAUUGGCAAAUCAGGUGUUCUCUUGAGUCCCAGCAAGGCAAAACAACUCACCCAGGCUUCUGCAGCUGCAAGGAGUUCUCGUGCAGCAAACACUGGUGGUUCUGGAGAAUUCCUGCGCAUCCACAACUUCCAUGACCUGGACAACCACUAUUCAGGUCUUGGCUUGCUUAAAGAAACAAAAGUGGAGUGUCCAGAUGUACGUGAUGGGAAUGGACUGCUUAUCCACUUGAGGGAGUACAGCAUUAAGUUGGCCCAUGCACAGUUUGUUGAAGUCAAGGUCUAUUUGAAAUUAUGGAAUAUUGGCAAGAGUGACAAGGAUGAUGCGACCAAAUGUGAGAGACUCAGGUCUUGUAAUUACCAACUCAUCAUGUGCCAGAUGCAGUUGCUGCCUUCCAUGGGAUAUGCUAAGGCAGAAGUUCUCAAAGGCAAGAGGAAGGCUUCAGAGGAGCUUGCCAGUGCUCUGCAAGCAAAGAAGCUUGCUGUUGCAUCUGUCCAAGACAACAGUAUGGACAAGCUCUGA